CAGAAUAUGGCUGCGUUCGGAAACGUCACCCGAGUGCACACGAGUAUACUCCCUUCUCUUUCUAUCUCAGCGAGUUAGAAGGAGAAGGGAGUAUACCCGUGUAUACCCAGGUGACGUUUCUGAACGCAGCCCUGGAGGAUCCCUGGAGGAUCCCUAGCGGUGACAGCUGACAGCGCAGCAGCGCCGCGCGGCUGCAUAUGUGCCUACGUGGUCUCCGGAGUUUAUGUCAAUCGUGUCAAGUCAAGUUUGGUCAAGUUGUAUGUCGAUCGUGCAAUCGCGGCCAAGAGGCUCAUGCCCUAGUCGUAGUCACUAGCCAGUUGUAGCUGCGUGAAUCUUGAGUACACGAACGAGAAUCGUUGGACACGUGCGACUUACGAGCGUCCGCAGCAGCCUGUCUAAUGUAAUCGACGGCGACUGGACGAAAGGGGUGAUUUCGAUGGACCGCCUGUCCGCUAUCAUUAUCGUCACCGACGAUCGACGUGACGAAGCAUACCAAUUCGAUCAUCGUUCGACGGCUGAACACCGUGGCGCUUAGCCUCUCGGUAGUGAGUCGUCAUGCUCCCGGUUUCAGAGACCGUGCCAAUUUAGGGAGACUCGAGUAACAGUGGCGAUGUCAGCGAUGGCGAACACCGCUGCCGCCGCCGUCGGCGGCAACCCGGAGAACGCCUCCAAGUUCUUGGAGGCCCUGCAGUCGGACCUCAAGGUACUCGCCUCAGAAACCAAGAAGAAGUACCCGCAAAUCAAGGAAUCAUGCGAGGAAGGAAUCGCUAAGUUGAGAACAGCCUCAAGUAACCCAGGGACACCAAUAUAUUAUAUUGUAAAUCAAAUACUUUAUCCUCUAGUUCAAGGGUGUGAGAGUAAAGACAUAAAAAUCAUCAAGUUUUGCCUGGGCAUGAUGCAGAGGUUAAUAACGCAGCAAGCGGUAGAUCAGAAAGGUGCUCGAUAUAUUACCGAUACUUUGUGGUUGUUGAUGGAAUCAGGUACGGAGGAAGUUAAAGUUUUGCAGACUGUAACGCUGUUGCUUACAAGUAAUGCCGUGGUGCAUGGAGAUACCUUGGCGAGAAACUUGGUGCUUUGUUUUCGGUUACAUUUUACAAAAGACUGUACAACGAUAAACACAGCUGGUGCUACUGUAAGGCAAUUAGUGUCUUUGGUGUUUGAAAGAGUAGUUGCCGAGGAUGAGCUGAAUCCUGAUCAGCCAGAGUCUGAUGAGGUGAAUUUAGAGGAACUAAAAAUUCCAACAAAUCAAGCGCCUAAAGGUCUCGGCCCUUGCGCUGCAGAUGCAUAUUUGAUGUUUCAGGAUCUAAUACAAUUGGUGAAUGCCGAUCAACCAUACUGGCUAAUAGGCAUUACUGAAAUGACUAGAACUUUCGGUUUGGAACUGCUAGAAUCGGUUUUAACAAACUUUUCAUCGGUCUUUUUUAAGCACUCAGAGUUUAGCUUCUUACUGAAGGAGAGAGUGUGUGCACUUGUGAUAAAACUGUUUUCGCCUAACAUCAAGUAUCGUAAUUCAGUACCAGCAUCUUUGCAACAAGCUACACCUUUAGAUAAACCUUACUUUCCUAUUAGUAUGAGGCUGUUGCGAGUUGUAUCGAUUUUGAUACAGAAAUAUCAUUCUUUAUUGGUGACAGAAUGUGAAAUAUUCUUAUCCUUAAUCGUGAAGUUUCUGGAUCCUGACAAACCUACCUGGCAAAGAGCUUUAGCGUUGGAAGUUUUGCACAAAAUGACAGUUCAAGCAGAUUUGCUGACAAACUUCUGUGAAUGUUAUGACUUGAAGCCACACGCUACAAAUAUUUUUCAAGAUAUUGUUAAUAGCUUAGGCGCAUAUGUACAUAGCCUCUUUGUAAAUCCACAAAUGAUGAGUCAGACAGCAGCAAGUACAACUAUGCCUCAAAACACAGGUUCACCAUUAUUCACAGGAAUGCCUAUCGGGCCUGGCGUAUCGCCUCAACCCGGUUUUUAUUCACGCGGUAUUUGGUUACCAGUAGUGGCAACAUUUACAAGUGGACAAGCUAAGCCAACUUACUUGGAAAUGUUGGAUAAAGUCGAACCGCCGCAAAUACCGAUCGGUUAUGGAAUCAGUAUAGCUUAUGCAUGCUUGUUAGACAUUAUAAGAUCGAUCGCAUUGGCUAUAAAUGGGUCGAAAGAUGAUAAUGGCGAAACUCAGAUUUAUCAGCCCAGCGAAUCCGAACGAAAACUUCAUGUACAAUUGAUAAACUCUAGUUGGUGCGGUUUAUUGGCAGCUCUCAGCCCAUUAAUAGAUGCCAGCACGGACGAAUCGGCAACAGAAAAUGUUUUAAAAGCAAUUCAAACCUUCGCGUCUCUUUGUGGUCAAUUGGACUUGCAAGCACCACGCGAUGCCUUUAUUACUGCGAUAUGUAAAGCAUCUCUACCGCCUAAUUACGCCUUGACUGUACUGUACAAUGCACCUCAAGGCAUACCAACCGCGAGGCAGCAGGACUCGAUUCAAUACAACUUGACAAUGGGUGAACCCGAUUAUAGGCAACAAGUAGUGGCCGUUGGCACGCCACUACCAACGGCAUCGUUACCAAUUGGUGCUCAUCAAGGUCCCGUCAUGUUGACCGCAAAAAAUCUGCAAUGCAUGCGUGCGCUGUUGUCGUUGGCCCAUUGUCACGGUAGCAUACUCGGUAGCGCAUGGCACUUGGUACUUACUACUCUUCAACAUCUCGUUUGGAUACUUGGUCUGAAACCUUCUACCGGCGGAUCGUUGAAAGCUGGAAGAACCGCAGCUGAUCCGAACGCCGUGUUGACGAACGCGGUUAUGGCGGAUUUACCUGUACUCAGCGCUAUGCUCAGUAGAUUAUUCGAGAGUAGUCAGCAUCUUGAUGAUGUCGCUCUACAUCAUUUGAUAGAUGCCCUGUGCAAACUGAGCCACGAGGCUAUGGAGCUGGCGUAUUCUAAUCGUGAACCUUCCCUGUUUGCCGUUGCUAAACUUUUAGAAACAGGCCUAGUCAACUUACCACGUGUGGAAGUACUUUGGAGACCAUUAACAAACCAUUUAUUAGAAGUUUGUCAACAUCCGCACAUUCGUAUGAGAGAAUGGGGCGUGGAAGCGAUUACGUAUCUCGUCAAGAUGGCUCUUCAGCAUAAAUACCCGCAGCCACUUCGCGACAAUCAGAAAUUGCAAACGCUAUUGCUAGGGCCAUUGUCCGAGUUAUCGUCCGUGCGUCACGGAGACGUUAGACAGCGACAGCUAGAAUGUGUUUUGCAAGUGCUUCACGGUGCUGGGGAGACACUGUAUCAUGGCUGGCCUUUAGUGCUCGGUAUUAUAGGAGCGGUUUCCGAUCAUCAUGGGGAGACUUUAGUACGCAUAGCUUUCCAAUGUUUACAGUUAGUUGUAACUGACUUUCUACCGGUAAUGCCUUGGCGAUGUCUUCCGCUGUGCGUCGAUACAGCUGCUAAAUUUGGAUCGCAGACACAAGAACUGAACAUCUCGCUCACAGCUGUCGGUCUAAUGUGGAACAUAAGCGACUAUUUCUAUCAGAACCAAGAAAAAUUGUGCGUUUGCUUGCGCGGGGAUUCGUCAUCAGUAUUCCCCGACUUUCCUGGUACAACGAACAUGCCACCAUUCGAUAAACUCUGGAUGUGUCUCUACGCAAGACUGGGAGAUCUAUGCGUCGAUUCGCGACCGGCUGUACGCAAAUCGGCAAGUCAAACCCUAUUCUCCACCAUAUCCGCACACGGUAGUCUCUUGCAUCAACCGACGUGGCAGGCUGUGCUCUGGCAAGUAUUGUUUCCACUGCUAGAUAAAGUGAGAAGCUUGUCGAACUCAGCUAGCAGCGAAAAGGUCGACACAAGUGGAAACAUACUUAUUCAUCAUAGCAGAAAUACAGCGCAAAAGCAAUGGGCAGAAACGCAGGUUUUAACGUUAAGUGGCGUAGCCAGGGUAUUUAAUACGAAACGUCAAUUGUUGCAAAUGUUGGGGGACUUUCCCCGAGCAUGGUCAUUGCUUCUCGAAUUCAUCGAGAAUUCGGCGCUCAGUAAAAACAACGAGGUAUCGUUAGCGGCACUGAAAUCAUUCCAAGAGAUCCUCUUUCAGCCGAAGGGAAGCGACAGUAUUGAGGUGAUUCAGUCGAACGACUCGGAAGGCUUAUGGACGGUAACGUGGCGCGUGUGGCUCAAUAUUGGAAUGGAGAGCACCGCGCCUCCGCAGGAAGGCGACACGGAGCCUUACGUGCCGUCCCAGGCAUUCCUAACUGCGCUGAUGCAUAUAUUCCCAGGUGUUUUUCAGCACAUUAGGAACAGGUUCACCGGACCCGAUCUGCAAAAAUUAUGUAUCGUCCUGAAGAAUGCGGUGGCCGUUCCGGUGCACGGCGAAUCAACGCCGUACAUCUUGCCGUCGGUGCCCGACGUAGUUCUCACUCACUUGCAAGACGAGGUGCUGCAUUCUACGGAGCUCCUGCAAAAGGAAGCGUUAAACGGCCCGGAGAAUUUGCGCAUGAUGAUCGUACUGAUAUUCCUUCAGUUGCUGAGCUUCUCAAAGCUGGCGUGCGAAGCCCCGACCUACGGUAAAAUACCCACGAAGCACAUCUCCCAGGUCAGGGGUGCGUCCGCUGACUGGGUCACGAUGAAUUACGUUCCGUUUGGCGAGAAAGCUCUGUCGAUGGUCGUGAGCCUGUACCAGAAGACUGCGCACGAGAUGGCCGUGAUCGACGGUCAGGUGUUGAAGCAUAUCGUGGAAGCGCUGCACGUGCCACUAGCCAUGAAAUACGCGUGCCCAUCCGCGACCACGUGGAAACUGGCCGUGACUAGUCUCUUAGCCGUCCUGCACACCGGGCUGCCGCUUGCCAGAAAAUAUCCCGAGCAGUUCCAGAGCAUGUGGCUCGAGCUCGCGAGCACGCUAGACGAUUUCUUGUUCCCUAAAAGUGUACUGAAUGUAGAACGGGGUGUAGAGGAGAUCCAGGCUGACGAGGCGGUAGAUUGCCAAGUUAUGGAGUUACUGAGGGACGAAGUGUUACCACAUUCUCAGCACAUACCUCAUCAAUUUAUACUGAGAGUCGUUAUGCUUUUAAAUAAAGGUUCCAUACAUUCGGCUACCACAGCAAAUAUCGAGAAUGGAGCUGAGACAAAGUUACGGGAAGAAUUCGCGAAAACUUGCUUCGAGACUUUGUUGCAAUUUUCUCUAUUAGACGGACUGAACAACGACACGGAAAAUAGUCCUAAAAAUAGUUCGGAAAGUGACGAGGGUGGAAUCGCCGGGCGUUUGGCAGUUACAGCCCUUCUGCACAGAUUUCAAGAAGUUCUACGGCGAUACAUUGAAAGCGAGAGACGCAGUGGAAAGUGCCCUUUGCCUAGGUACAGAUUGUCGGAGAUAUCGUUUGUUCUGAAAGCCGUUGCCACUCUUGUAGUAUCGCUCAAAAAAGCGCCUCCCAAUAAAGUUGAAAGAUCGGUAUGGGAGCAGCUGAUUGGAUUAUACCCAUGUUUAGUGGAAUGCACGAUCGCGACUACUUCUGGUCAAGUAUCUAGGUCCCUGCGGGAAGCUCUGUUACAAUAUCACGAUUUAUUGCGGGCGCCAGUUCACAGCACGCCAACCCCGAAUGGCGUUUGACCAAUACAUUCUUUUCUUUUCAUCGAGAGCGCGGAUUUGCACUAAUAGUUAAAAUACAGGGUGAGUAAUUUGCUUGUAUAACGUUCUGAACGCGUGAUGAAAUAAAUAACGAUUUUCUGAUUUCGUAUAGAAAAAAAUGAGUUUACCGCAUAAUUACGCUCCAAUGGUAGAACAAAUAUCAUGUUAAGUCUUUUGUUGUAAGCGUGAUUUUAGUAGUCACGAAGUAAUCUUCUAGAUCGCUGCAAUUUAUUCCGCUCAUCUGUCGAUAUACAUAUUAUUUUUACGACGUUGCAGUACAAUAAUCAAAAUGCGAAUAGAGUUUUGUAGAUUGACGCUCUUAUCAUGUGAAUUUUAUAUAAAUUUGCGUAAUUUUUGCCGUUUUCGACUUCGUGAUCAUGUCAGGGAGAAUAACGAAGAAGAGAUCUCUUUACGAAGAUCUAUUAACUAGCUAGCGCAGUAGCAAUGCAAGGAAUUUACAUUGCAAGAUUAUUAUACCGAUUAAAUUAAAUUCGAGAUAGUUAUUAAUGACAAAUUAGAAAGUGUUUGAAGUACAUGAAAUUGUGAAAGAGAAUUUAUUAACUAAUAAAUAUUCUCCAGAGAGUGUAGAAAUUAUGUGUUCUAAUAGCGCAAUCGUAGUUUGUUAUUUCUAUUCCGAGUAUAGGACAGGAGGAAACGCUGUAUAUAGCGAGGAAUGUACAAGUCAGCUUUUUUAAUCGAUGUUGUAAAUAUUAAUAUGAUAUAUAUGUACACUGAGAUGCACAUGCGAGGUGAUUUUAUAAAUAACAUAAGAAUUUUAUCAUUUACUAUUCUUACAAAUUACGCGGCGUCGUAAAUUAUAUUAUCAAAAUGUAAAUAUAAAUCUAUAUGCAGAUUAAAUAAAGCUCUUUAUGAGCAGCUA